AUGUCUACUGGCCAAAGACCAUUCCCUUACCCAGGUACUCUACCAGGCUAUAGAUCGUGGCCCAAUAUUCACCUGUUAGAGAGCUGGGUUCAUUCAACCUCUCAGAUACUGCCUUCGAAACCGGUCUCUAUACCCAUGCUUCUGUUAUUGUCAUGGCAUUUCUCCCUCAGUUCAGUUGACCGCAACUCCCGCAACCAAAUAAGCAAACCACCGCCCGACUUCCAAACCUCCGGCCGGUUUAAAAUCUUCCCCUCCUAUGAUCUUUAUGCACAGAACAGAGACACAGACAACAGGCCCCAGUCCCGAGCCGAGCCGCCGCGAAUCGAUACGGAGAUCGCCUAUACUGCAGGGUGGGAUCGAGUUCGACCUGCUCUUCCGUACAAUUCUGAAAAGAGUACUACUGCAUUUGGCUCUCGUGGUUGUCUCUGUUUGCUGUCGCGUGGGUGUUUCAGUAACUGA